ACUUCAAAGCCCACCGAGCGGUGCUAGCUGCUUUUUCCAACUACUUUAAGAUGAUUUUUAUCCACCAGACAAGGCGCGCUGCUUCGAUGGGUUUAGAGCAAUCAAGAAACCAUAGCCUUAUCACAGCUCCGUGCUGCAAACUCCUGCAGAUAAGGGCUGAGGCUGAGAUCAUCAGUUUAUUUUGAGCUUAGCACCAUCGAUGAGGCUGCCGAUCAGGCACCUCACCUGGCCAGGUAAAAAGCGGUUUCGCAGCAAUAAUUAAGUUGCUGCUGAGUUCUGCUCUGGCCUCUGAGAUGGCGCUUGCUGCUCGCUCGUGAUCGAUUCAGUUCCUCUGCGUUCACCUUGCUGUUUGCGACGGUGAGGACUGUGACCUUCAGCACCUCUGCGAGAUAAUCGUCAGCUAUCAGCCCUGUAGCCCUUUGGCUGGAAGUGAGAAGAUUAAUGCACUUCCUUUCCGAUAGAUACUGUUUGCUGACGCUGCAAUGUAGAGCUCCUGAAGGUUACACAGUAGCAGCAGCUGCUGAAUUUAUUACCUGGACGCACAAAUAUUCUUUGGCCUGUCUUAUUAGAACGGCACACGCUGUCCCCAUCCGUACCUCGCGCGGCAUUGCUGCGCUUGCGCGCGGUCACAGUUUGCUGCGCGUACGAAGGACGGGUAAACGGCCCCUCUCGCCGUCCCCGACUGUGCUCACGGUCCCGGUCACGCGGAGAAAUACGUGCUCGGGCGCUUUGCUGCGCACACGAGGCCUAGGCGGCUGUGGGAGUGGUGCGGUGCUGUUCGCUGCCCGUCUGGAGCCAGCCGGCAGGGCACGUGCUCUAAAAGCAAAGGACGGAGCAAAUGGACGGGCAGAUAACGGGUCAGGACUGUGAUUUGGAGCAGCAGAUGUACUCAAUCAUCCGUCUUGUUUCAGUGAAUGCAUAAAGAUUCAGCCCACAGACAUCCAGCCUGACAUAUUCAGUUACCUGUUGCACAUCAUGUACACUGGGAAGGGGCCCAAGCAGACCGUCAACCAAAGCCGGCUGGAGGAGGGCAUUCGGUUUCUGCACGCGGACCACCUUUCCCACAUCGCGAUCGAAAUGAACCAAGCCUUCACCCCAGAGACGGUGCCGUCUUCCAACUUGUACGGGAUCCAGAUCUCAACUGCCCACAAAACCAAACGCCUGGAGGCGAAAGAGAGCCUAGCGAACGCGGGAAACAGGCCCGCUGCCCCGGGGGACCACCCGCAGCUGGAGCCCUCCCUCGCCAUCGGCCUGGACGACGGCGCGCUGGACCAGCAGGUUGCUCGUCCCUCUGCUCAGCCUGCUGGUGCUGUCAAGCCCGCCGAAGAGCAUCCAAAGCUCUCCGCCUCGAUAAAGCAGGAGAAGUGCGACUCGGAGCCCGUCGUGUCCCAGAGUUGCACCCCUCCUUCUCCGGGCGUAGUGAAUCCCACGUUUGCUAAAGCCAGCCCCAAGGUGCAUUUGUGUCACUACUGCGGGGAGCGUUUUGACUCGUGGGGCGGGUUGCGGGAACACUUGCACACUCACGUCUCGGGCUCGCUCCCGUUCGGCGUGCCGGCCUCCAUCCUGGAGAGCAGCGACCUGGGGGAAGUGCAGCUGCUCGCGGAAAACAGGGAGGCCAGCGGAGGCCACCCGCUGGGGACCUUCCUCCUGGGAGGUGAUGAGCACCAGGCGGGGCGCCCGAGCCACAGCGACCUCGAGCCUCUGCAGAUUGGCCAGCUCUCGCUCAUCUCCAAAGACCACGAGCCGGUAGAGUUAAACUGUAACUUUUCUUUCUCCAGAAAGAGAAAAAUCAGUUGCACCAUCUGUGGCCACGCGUUUUUCCGGAAGAGCCAGUUGCUAGAGCACAUGUACACACACAAGGGGAAGCAGUACAAAUACAGCCGCUGCCAGCAGCUGGAGAGCCCCACGACCCCCAGGUUUCGUCCUUACUGCGACAGCGAGAGCAUGGGAAAGAGCUCGGGGUUAUCUCAAGAGCACUUAGAUUCCUGUAUGUUGGAGUCUGAUCUUAUCCAAGAAAGUGUUGAUACGAUCCUAGUAGAAUAGUUCUCCUCCCGCAUAGCCUUUAGGUGCUGAAACUGUCGAUAUUUUGGCAUUUUCCAUUUAGUGAAUGGCUCCACUCUAGAACUGAUUGUCUUCAAGCACCUUUCCUGCCUCCACUGAGAUAACUGUGAAGAACUAUAUACUUUGAUUGUGUAUUCACAUUUUUACUUCUUUGUCUAACUUUUAAACACAACCUAAUGAAAAUCAGUGUCCUUCUUGGAAGCCUCCAUGUAAUUUCGCUACGUUUUCAUAAAUGUAAACUUAACUCUGCUGUGCUUUACUGUAGUUAAGAUUGUAGAAGUUGCUGGGUGUGAGGUUUAAGCAGCAUCUGAGCAGCAUCCAAGACUGUUUGUAUCCUGUAGAAUUGCUCUCCUGAAAGUAGAAUGAGUAAAAUGUAUGGGGGAAAUAUAUGUUGUUCGUCCCAAAUAACUUUGUUUUUAAGUCAAAAUAAAUAUCUCAAGGAAAUAA